CUGACAUGUCUGUUUUGUGCGAACUCCUAACCUAAAAUAAAAUGUACCUAUGAAUUUUAUUGAUAAAAAAACUAAAUUCAAUUUUACGAUAUAAAUAGAAUUUUACGUGCAGUUAUUUCGCAACGAUGAAUACGUCGGUGAUAAAACUUGCACAGGCGUGUGCUGUGGGUAACUCAGCGCAAUGGUCGUCGGUGUUGUCGUCCCGGCUUCACACGUCUGCGCCUCUCUGUCGAGUAGUUUCCGGCAAGUACCGGAUCACGAAGAAGCGAGACAAACCGCUCACGUAUGAGAUGGCUAACCCUCCGCAUUAUAUCGCUCACCGUAAAUCGUGGAACUCAUGGAAUUCUUCAAAUCUAAAGGAUGGUCUGCGGCGAUCAGAGACAGCCGUGGAAGACGAGUUCAUUAGAAAGUUCAUGACCGGCACAUGGCAUGGACUGAUGUGUAGUGAAAUAAUAAUAAAACGUCAGUUCAACCACAUAAGAGUAGCAGCAAUCAUCCGUCGAGCUGUAUCUCCAACCAAGAUGUACUUCCUCCUCGGAUACACUGAAGAAUUACUCGCAAACUGGCUCCAGUGUCCAGUUACGUUAGAACUGCAAACCGUAGACAGCUUCAAAGACGUUGUGUUCAAAUAUAUUUAAACUCAUCAUAUUUAAUUUGUAGUACUAGGUAAUGUAAAUAAAUUGUAAGUAUGGUAUUGAAA